AUUGUCAUUCCAUGUGUUAAUUUUUCAAAUAUUAAUUUGCUUGUGUUGCGUUUUGCUUCGAUUUUCACCUUCAACUGGUCAACUCCACUUGCAACCCAGUGAUAUGUUAACCAUUUACUUUUACCUGCUAAUCCAGUGUUCAAUUGUCGAGUCAAUUGUACCAAGUAGAUGUAUUGAUGUUGAUAGACUCGAGAAUAAAAUUAAUCCAAAUUAUUUAAACAUAACGGUUGGAUUUCUCAGUUCAUUCAAAGGAUAUGGUUUGGGUAAAGAAAUUUCAGGAGCCAUUCCAUUGGCAAUCGACCAAAUCAACAGAGAUCCUCAACUUUUACCAAAUCACACUUUGGAUUUUAUUGCAAUGGACGCUGGUCAACCCAAUACAGCAACCUCCAUUCGUAUGAUGACCGAGAUGAGAGAGCAAGGUGUUGUAGCAUUUAUUGGACCAGAAAAUAGUUGCGUCUCUGAAGCACUUGUUGCUACUGCCUGGAAUUAUCCAAUGAUUACUUACAAAUGUGCUGAUCGAACUGUUUCUGAUAAAUCAGUUUAUGCAACAUUUGCUCGUACUUUACCACCAGGAUCUAAAGUGUCCAAAUCCAUAAUAUCUUUACUCAAACACUUCAACUGGAACAAGAUCGUGUUAAUAGUUAAUAACAAUCCAACUGAUCGACAGGUUGAAGAGGCAUUAAUUGCUUUAGCGGCUCAACAUGGGAUUCAGAUAAACAAUACGUAUUAUUUGCCAUCAUAUUAUCUGACCAAACACAAGACCAAAUUGGAAGAGAUUAUUGAGGAUAGUUAUGCUAAAACACGCAUUUACGUUCUUAUAUCAGACAUCGAGGCAGUUGCUGAUUAUGCGUAUCUAAUGCAACAGCGUAACUUAUUAACAACCGGUGAUUAUGCGAUCAUCUCAAUUGAAGAUGAAGUUGUUUAUGCACCAGAAAAGCAGGAAAAUUAUUUCCAGAUGUUUGAAACUUGGCUCAAUCAAGCUAAUAUAAGAGAGGUUUCCAAUUUCGAUCCAAACCUGUCAUUCCCAUUUCGAGCUGUUUUCAUUGUCACACCAAGUGCGCCCAUCAAUCCAGACUAUGAUAAAUUCAAGCGACAAGUAAACUGCCGUAAUGGGAUGGAUCCAUUUAAUGUACCACUUCACGAUUUACUUGAACCUGAUGUUCCCAUUUAUGCUGGAUUAGCUUAUGAUGCUGUUAUGAUUUAUGCAAUGGCUGUGACUCAACUCAUCAAUGAUGGAUCUGAUUAUACCAAUGGCACUCUUGUGGUUGAAUAUAUAAAAAAUGCCCGAUACCGAAGUAUACUCGGAUUUGAUGUUACUAUUGAUGAAAAUGGUGACGCUGAAGGUAAUUACACCUUAUUGGCAUUACUUGACAAUCCAAAAGCUAUAUGGUAUAAUAAGACAACUUGGAACAAAACAAUGCAGCCAGUUGGACGAUUCACCUAUCAAAAAGGACUCGGGCUACCUUCUUUAAGCUUGGAACAUCAAAUAGACUGGAUCGGCGGUGAACCUCCAGCAAGUGAACCUUAUUGUGGUUUUGAUGGUGAAAAAUGUAUCCACAAGCCUGAUUGGAUCGUGAUUGUUAGCUCAUUUGCUGGUUCACUAGUAUUAAUUGUCGUCUUUUCGCUUGCGUUCAGACAUUAUCGCUAUGAAUAUAAACUUGCCUGCUUGUUAUGGAAAGUUGAUAUGAAGGAAUUAAUUUUGUUGAAAACAAAUUCAGAAUAUACUAUUCAAAAUUUACGAAAUACAAUUAACUUUCAUGGAUUGGAUCCAUAUCGAUUUUCAGCAUUCAUCUCAGCUCAAUCAGGAUCAAACAGGAAUAGUAAAGGAAUCCACACAGAUGGAAGUGAUGGGGAAAAUGACGAAAUGUUUGCCAAUGGAAUAGGAUUUUACAAGGGAAAUGUUGUUUUCAUCAAAAGAAUCUAUAAAAAGAGCAUUGAUUUGACAAGAAAUGUUCGUAAAGAGCUUAUUCAGAUUCGUGAGAUGAGACAUGAAAACAUUAAUCCAUUCAUCGGAGCUUGUGUUGAUGCUCCUAAUGUGACGAUCUUGAAGCUUUACUGUGCUCGAGGUAGCCUUGAGGAUGUUCUCAAAAAUCAAGAUCUUGAUUUGGAUAACAUGUUUAUAGCCUCACUGGUUGCUGAUCUAAUUAAGGGAAUGAUUUAUCUUCAUGAUUCUUAUAUUAUAUCCCAUGGUAAUCUUAAAUCCUCCAAUUGUUUGGUUGAUUCUCGUUGGGUUUUACAAAUCACUGACUUUGGGUUGCACGAGUUUCAACAAGGACAAGAAUUUCCUCCAGAAUAUGCCGAGAAACGGGAAAGAGGUUUGCUGUGGCAAGCUCCUGAAUUAUUGCGACAAAUUAAUCCGCCAUCACGAGGUACUCAGAAGGGCGAUAUUUACUCAUUUGCUAUCAUACUAUUUGAAAUAAUCGGACGUAAAGGACCUUGGGGAAUCUCUGAAUUAUCAGUCCGUUCAAUAUUGGAUAGAGUUAAAUAUCCAAGUCAAUAUGGUGGUCACAUUUUUCGUCCUCCGCUCAAUGCUCUUCAGUGUCCUGAAUAUGUUAAAAAGUGUAUUAGAGAUUGUUGGUAUGAAGAUCCAGAAGUUAGACCAGAUUUCCGUUUUAUUAAUAUUCAAUUAAGAGAUAUGCAAGCUGGAUUAAAACCAAAUAUAUUUGACAAUAUGAUUGCAAUUAUGGAAAAGUAUGCUUACAAUUUAGAAGGUUUGGUUCAAGAAAGGACUAAUCAAUUGGUGGAAGAGAAGAAAAAGACAGAAAAUCUUCUCCUUCGUAUGUUACCAAAACCUGUUGCUGAACAAUUGAAACGUGGACAACCUGUUGAAGCUGAAAGUUUUGAUUCAGUCACCAUCUAUUUCAGUGAUGUUGUUGGAUUCACAGCUUUAUCGGCAUCAAGCACACCUCUCCAGGUCGUUGAAUUACUUAACAAUCUUUAUACGUGUUUUGAUUCUAUCAUUGGACAUUAUGAUGUGUACAAAGUAGAGACUAUUGGUGAUGCUUAUAUGGUUGUUUCAGGUUUACCAAUUCGUAAUGGUGAUCGACAUGCCGGUGAAAUUGCUUCAUUGGCUCUUCAUUUGCUCAGUGCCAUUCAAAAUUUUGAAAUACCUCACAAACCAGGAGAAAGAUUGAAAUUAAGAAUAGGAAUUCAUUCUGGUCCUUGUGUAGCUGGUGUUGUUGGACUUAAAAUGCCUCGAUAUUGUUUAUUUGGUGAUACUGUUAAUACAGCUUCAAGAAUGGAAUCAACUGGUGAAGCUCUCAAAAUCCAUGUGAGUGAAGCUUGUAAGAUUAUUUUGCAUAAACUUGGAGGUUAUAAACUCAAUGAAAGAGGAAUGACUCCAAUCAAGGGUAAAGGAGAAAUGAGAACUUAUUGGCUUUUGGGUAAAACUCGUAUUUCUCAUAAUCAUUUAUCGGCUGCUAAUACAAUUAAUGAAAUAAAUGAUUUGAAAGAAUUUUCUGAUUCAUGUUUACGUGAAACUGGUUAUCCAAGGUCUAUAAGCCCUGAUCCUUAUAACUUGAAAAUAGAUGAUAAUUGGUCAAAUAGAUGGCUAUCAGUUGAUGAUAAUUAUCAUUGUACCAAUUAUAACAACAGUCCUAAAUUUUCACUAAUUUGUAAACAAGAAGAAGGAGGAAGCGGUGAAAGUGGUAAUGGUCAUGAAAAAUUCCGUCGUAUUAACUCUUGUGCCUUGGAUGACAAACAUUACCGUAAAAACCGCUCAAACCAAUUCCACUGUCCAUCUUAUCAUCAACAUCAAAACUGGCAAAAUCAACAGCAAAUGAUUAUUCAACAGCAACAAUUGCAGCAACACUCACCUCAACAACAUCGUCUUUAUUCAAGUCAACAAAAUGCUCAGCAAACGGCUCAACAUCGCCAAUUAACGCGAAAUGUUACAACUCAUUUUGAAUCAAUCUGUUUAAAUUUACCCAGAGAAGAUCAAAGCUGGAAAGAUUUUAAAUCAUUAAAUGAAACACCCAAUGAAUCUUAUGAUCAACCUGAAUCGCCAAAAUCACCGACCAUCAUUAAUUUACAAGAAACCAACAAUUUCUUACAGUGAUAGUUUCCAUCUUAAAUAGCAAUCAUUUUUAUUAUAAUAAUUUAUACAUAAAAAUUUAUGUAGCUGGAAAGAAACUUUCCCAAUUGUAAUUUUCCCUGUUUAAUUAUUGGUAUCUAUGUUUAUAAUAAUUAAUUGAAACAAUCAGUGUACAGAAACAAAAUGACAAAAGACCAAAGAGUAAAUUUUU